GAGGUGGGGAAGGGCCACGAAAGCCAGAGAGAGGGAGAGGGGGAAUGGCCAGGAACAGGAAGGAAGCCGGGCUUAGGGUUUGACUGAGUGGGGGAAGGAAGCCGAAGAAGAGAGCAAAAAGCGAAGAAAUUCAGAAGAAGACUGGAAGGUGGCUGGCGGUGGUGGUUUAGAUCUGAGACCCCGAGGAAAUUGUAUUUCUUUUUCUUUCCCUUUCUUUUUCAAUCGGGUCUUAUCAUUCUACAUCAUGAUCUGAUUGACCAUUUCUGUAUCUCUCCUCUUUUUCUCUCUCUGUCCAUCCCACUCACUCACUAUAAUUACCCAAAAAGUCGCAAAACCCCAACUGAAAAAUGCCUUCUAGGCCUUACUUCCACAAGAUAAUUCUCCCCAGAACCCUUCAGGACAGGAAGCUGCUGUAUGCAGAGGAUCCCAGAUAACUUUAUCAAGAAAUUUGCAAAUGACCUCACUCCACUUGUCAGGCUCACUGUUCCGGAUGGUCAUGUGUGGCGUAUAGGAAUAGUAAAAGCUGACGAUAAGUUUUGGUUUCACGAUGGGUGGCAUGAUUUUGUUGAGAGUUACAAGAUUCGUGUUGGCUACUUGCUGAUUUUCAGAUAUGAAGGAAAUGCAAUCUUCAAUGUUCAUAUAUUCAAUUUGUCUGCUUCUGAGAUAAACUAUCAAACUAACACUCUCAGUGGGAAAAGAUGCCUUCUAUUUGAUGAUUUGGAAGACGAGGACUCUGCCGAUUACUUGAAUCCAUUGUCAGUUUACCAAGUUCCCUACACAAUGAAAGAAGGAAAUCCGCAUUUGACAAGAGUAACGAAUGUUCCACAACCAACAACUCAGCCCGCUGGGGAUGGGAAUCUUCAGUUUAAUGCAUUUGAUCAACGAAAUGCUUCAGAUGCGCCACCACCAGCAGCCGUAAAAGUUCCCAAGAAACGUGGAAGAAAAAGGAUAAAGCCUGAUCCGAAUGCAGAUGAGCAACAACCACCCUCCUCCCCAAAAUCCCAAGAAGAUGGAGAAAUGCGCUUGAGAUUCUACAAAAGUGCCUCGGCGAGGAAGAGAACUGUGACGGCUGAGGAAAGGGAAAGAGCGGUAAAUGCAGCCAAAACAUUUGAGCCAGAAAAUCCUUUCUGCAGGGUUGUGUUGCGACCAUCUUAUUUGUACAGAGGUUGCAUUAUGUAUCUACCAUCCUGCUUUGCAGAAAAGCAUCUCAAUGGAGUUUCUGGAUUCAUCAAGCUUCAGUUCACCGAUGGGAAGCAGUGGCCUGUUCGAUGUCUUUAUAGAGGAGGGAGAGCUAAACUGAGCCAGGGAUGGUACGAGUUCACGUUGGAGAACAAUAUGGGCGAAGGAGAUGUCUGCGUUUUUGAGCUGAUGAAAUCGAGGGAUGUUUUGCUGAAAGUUACUGUGUUCCGAGUCAUGGACACUGCUGGCAACUACCUCAACCACCAUCGAUCUUCUCCUCCUACUCCUUUGGGGCACUAGAAUCUUAAGCUGGGGAUCCGCAUCAUAGAUCAGGAAGGCUGGAAGUGGUGAGGACUUCGUUCCUCUCUCGUUGCUGUUGAUGAUUGUCUAUCAUGGCACGUUUCCUUCUGCUACUUGCAAUCCUGUUGAUGAUUGUCUAUAUAAGAAAGAAAGAAAGAAAGAACCACCAUAUGCAAAUUAGCAGGAAGCUUCUUCACUUGUUAUUUUAGGGGUGCUUUUUCCGCAUCGAUUUUUGUGUGGGUUUGAUUAGGGCUGUAAAUAGGUUGUUCAAUCAAAGAAGACAUCAAGCUGGACCAGGACCAUCAGAUCUUUGCGUGGCAGCUAUGAUUCAUGUUUAAAUUUUUAUG